AUGGAUUCAUUCACAUUACCUUCAACUGACGGUCGAACCGUCACCGUUCUCGGUGGUGGUGUUCUCGGACGCCGCAUUGCCUGCGGCUGGGCAGCAAGCGGAUACGACGUUGUCAUCCGCGACCCAAGCCCUGAACAGCGAGCAGCGGCUGUAGAAUACUGCAAUACCAGCAUGUCAGAAUACUCAGACUCAUCAGUCAGAGGAUUUGUACGAGCUGUCGACGACCUUGCCGAUGCUGUUUCCAAAGCUUGGCUCGUCAUCGAAGCUGUACCCGAGAAACUCCCCAUCAAGAUCUCAACAUUCGCCGACCUCGAGCGCCUUACAUCAAAGGACACUAUUCUUUGCAGUAACUCGUCGUCGUAUAAGUCUAGAGAAAUGGUUGAAGAUCUCAAGCCAGAGACGAAGCGACGCGUGCUGAACAUGCAUUAUUAUAUGCCCCCCGACUACCGUGUGGUCGAACUCAUGACCGAUGGUGAGACCGCUGAGAACAUCUUUCCCUUCCUGUACGAGAAGCUGGAAGGUAUCAAGUUCCAUCCCUACGUCGCGCGAAAGGAGUCAACUGGUUUCAUCUACAACCGUCUCUGGGCUGCCAUCAAGCGAGAAGUCCUCAACAUUCUCGCCGAAGACGUUUCCACACCUGAGGAGAUCGAUAGACUCUUUAAGGAGAUGUGGUAUGCUAAGGAGAAGGGACCUGUCGCUAUGAUGGAUGCUGUCGGUCUUGACACUGUGUCUUUCAUCGAGCAGCAUUACAUUGCUGAGCGCGGCUUGCCUAAUACUCCUGUUGAGUUUCUUCAGAAGUAUAUCGAUGAGGGCAAGCUUGGUGCCAAGUGCGAUAAGGGCGGUUUGUUACCAGCGAAGAAAGCCAAGUCAGACGAGACCCAGCUUUACUUCUUGGAUGUUGGCCUGGCAGCUGGUGAUGAGGCUACGUGUCUAACAGCUGGUCGCGUCUUAGUUGGUUCUUCUGACAGGAAGCCACUGAAGACACUGAUCUCAGGCCAACGUAUGCCCGACGGUAUCGACAUCUCCACCUCAACCAACAAAUUAUUCUACACAACCAUGGGCAAGCUCUCCAAGAACGACGGAGCUGUAUACAGCUGCAACUUGGAUGGAUCGGACCUCAAGGAAAUCGUUCCUCAAGGUUCAGUUCAUACGCCGAAGCAGUUGACAGUUGACAACGAGAACUCGAAGGUUUACUUCUCUGAUCGCGAAGGAAUGAGGGUAAUGCGUUGUAACUUUGAUGGUUCAGCUCUCGAAACCUUGAUCCAAACCGGUGAUUGGCGAGAUGAGCAGCACAAGUCAGACCAGACUCGAUGGUGUGUCGGUAUCACUGUCUCGCCAUCAACUGGCAAGUUUUACUGGACACAGAAGGGAUUUUCCAAGGGCGGAAAAGGCCGCAUCUUCCGCGCAAACAUCGACUUCCUUCCCGGAGAGAAUGUUCUCAACAGAACUGACAUCGAAGUUCUGUUCAAGGAUCUCCCAGAGCCUAUCGAUCUUGAAGUCGACGACGCUACGAACAUGCUCUACUGGACAGAUCGGGGUGAGCUUCCGGAUGGCAACACCAUUAACCGCGCUAGUUUGGAUGGCCGAAGUGCAUGUGAGGGUCCCAGUGUCAUUGGCAAGGACUACGAUGUGCUGUCUCGGGGAUUGCACGAGGCAAUUGGAAUUAAGUUGGACUCUAAGAAUGGGCGCAUCUUUGCGACCGAUCUGGGAGGUUCAGUGUAUCAGCUUGACAUGGACGGCGGAAACAGGACGAAAUUGUACGAUGGAUCAGGCGCAUUCGUUGGUAUUACAAUUGCCUGA